UUUCGCGCCACCUUUAUAAACGUUAUAGCCAGCAAGGAACUAGAACACGUCAUCACACUUAUAUUUCAACUAGUCGAAGAUUUUUCGGAGAUUCUGUUUUUUGUGACUCAGAUAUACGUUUCUCACGUUUAUCAUUUCUCAACGAAUUGCUAUUCAUGUCAUUAAACAUUCAUCCUCAGUCAUUUGACUUGUAUGGUAAAAACCUCAAGUUAUUAGCCGAAAAACUAAGAAAAAACUGGAUGCAGAAAUUGUCGAAUUCUGAUCAGACGGAUGACUCUUUAACUAGUUUAACUUGGUUAUAUGAUGCUAAUCCAGUUUCAAUGAAUCCGGAAGCCACUGCUCAUUUUGAGGGAAAAGAACUAAACUUGUGUUUAUCUCUUUAUGAUAAUUACAAUAGAUAUUCCUGCAGCGGGAAUCAACCCAUCACAGGUAGCUUGUUAGAUCCUCAAGUACGACUAGAAUAUCGGACGAAAUGGACUGGCAAACCGCCUUUUUCUUAUGCCACACUUAUUUGCUUGGCAAUGCGCGAACUUGGUAAACCAAAAGUUACAUUAUCAGAUAUAUAUGGUUGGAUAAUGAAUAACUUUGCAUAUUAUCGCCACACAGAUUCUAGCUGGCAGAACUCUGUGCGUCACAACCUUUCACUCAACAAAUGUUUUGAGAAGGUUCCUCGUGAUAAGGGUGAAAGAGGGAAGGGUGGUUUUUGGAGAGUGAAUCCAAGACAUAUUGAUUGGCUUGAAGCUAAUCUAGCCAAAUGUCGACGGGCUGCACCUCCUCCAGGACCUCCACCUCCAAUCCCAAGGUCCAUGUUACUACAACAACGUAAAAUGCAACAGCAAAAUCAGUGUCAGCAAGCACUAUUACCAAGAAAUUUAAUGCUAUCUCCACCGUCUGUUUCGAUUGGCAAUCAUGCUACUACAAAUUCACCAUUCAAUGCAAACAUUUGUAUUUCUGAAUCUCCAAAUGACCCAGCUAAAACUCAUCAAAUUGCAGCUUUGUCACCAUCUUCUAACUCUUCCUUGUCAUCAUCUCCAUUGUCAUUCGCUUCUGUUGGCUCACCUGCGAAUUUACAGUCUGCUAGGAUUCCAAUAACACCAGGACAUACAACAUAUCCAAACGGAGUUCAUACAUUUUUUAUGAACCGUAGUAUACAUUCUGAAUUGAACAGCUCAUCAACUUUACCACCUCUUUCUUUAUCUGCUAAUAUAUCACAGUCAUAUUUAACACAAGCAAUACCAUGUCAUCGACGUAAAAGUCCUCUGUUUAAAAAUCACUUACAAGAAAGUAUUGCACAAAAUGCUAUAUUUGAGUCAGAUGAUGGUUUUUCUGACAAUGAGAUUUCUCAGUCUUUGGCUGAAAAUGCUCAUUCAACAACAAAUACAAUAAAUAAAUCACUCAAUAUACAUCCCAAAUUAAAUGUAUAUGAUCCAAAUCAUACCACGCCAAAUAUUCACUCAGAAUGUGCCAGAAAAACCCGAGUGAAUAAUAAUUCUAGUUUGAAUGCACUUAGUUAUAAACGUCAGUCCCUACUACGUAAUAAUAAUAUUGACUUGUUGGAUCAGCAGUCAGAUUAUCAUUCAUCUUGUAAACCACGAUCCAAAGCUAACCUGGAUAGGUCUCGAAUCAACAAUCGUAGUUCUAUUACUGAACGCUUUAAAAGAUCAAAAUCGAAACAAACUAUCAAACAGUGUGGAUCAAACGAAAUGAAAGCACUCCCUACUCGAGUGCUACCGCCACGGCAAAGGUAUUCCCGUUGGUCACUCCCUCGUCCACAUCCAAUCACAAUGAAUGACUUGGAAAAUAGCAAACAAGAAAAUGAGUGGAACGAUAGGAAUACAUUGGAAACUACUAAUAGACGAAAGGAAAGAAAAUAUGAUAAGGAUAAAGUGGUACAAUGGGAUCAUAGUGAUCACUUACAAAAAAAUGGACUAAGUCCAUUAUUAAAUUUUAUAGACAGUGAUAAUGAUAAUAUUAAUUGCAUAAAUGACAGCAUAACUUCCCAUAAUAAUUGGCCACCGCUAAACAAAGUUGAAAACCGUCUAGCAGACACGACAUCUGAUUACAUAAAUACAGAGUUGAGAAAGACAGAACUAUUUAAGAGUAAUACUUUAUCGUCUUGUGAUUUAUACAAGGAUUAUUGUUUACCCAAUUACAAUACAUAUUGUCAACCAGUAAACGAUUUGCAGUGUCAAUACAAUUCUAACUUCAUUACCACCAAUAACGAAGAAACUGUCAUUUUAUCUGAAUCUUUAUCGAAUUCUUCUGUUCCAGUCUUUCGUUGUCAUUCGAAUAAUAUUAAUUCGUAUUGCAGCUCAACAGAUAACUUUCAUUCUUCAUCAUAUAAUACCUAUGAAAAUCAGUGUUCACCACAUAAUAAUAAUAAUGAUAAUAAUAAUAAUAAUGAUAAUAAUAAUAAUAAUAAUAGUGAUGGUCUGAGAACAUCACAGUCAACAGUGGAAUCGGAAUUUGUUAUGAAUGAUUCUAUUGAGAAAACCUACUUCUUAUCUAAAACAACUGAUAAUCAUAUAAUGAAUACACCAUCAACGACUGAUAAAUCAAAGUUGCCCAUUUGGGCGUCAGUAUUCUUGUCAGAUGACAAUCAUAGUGGUCUGGACUGUUUAUUUAAUGACAAUAAACAUAAUGAUGAGUCUUUCAAUUUAUUUAGCAAUGAAAGUUUUGAAUCAGGCAUUCAUUCAAAUUCAACACUACGUUCGUCACCUAUAUCUUUAUCAUCACCAACUUCAUCAACUUUACCACCUUCUUCAUGUUCCCUGACCACAUCCUCCUUUUUAUUUAAGGCAGAAAAGGAUGAACAGGAUCUAUUUAUAAAUAGUUCUAAACAAACGACUGAUCCAUCAAGUAAUCGCUCUUCAACUGAUGAUAAUAACAACAGUAAUAAUUCCAUCUUAGAAGACCUUGGUUUGGACUCCGUUGAUCUAGAUUUCGAUUCAUUAAAUGAAUUGGUUGAAAAUAAUGAACAUAUUCCAUUGGAUAUUGACUUUAAUUUAACAGCUAGCUUUAAUAAUGACAAUUUUCUUGAUCCCUCUGAUUUGCCAUCACAAGAAUGGAAUAAUUCUCUGAUUAGCAAUACUACUGAUAAUCGCAGUAAUAUACCUGACAGUCUGCUAUGCAAUAAAGCCCAUCAGCAGAAACAACCUCAAUGGCCAGAAAAUUUGGCAGCUGAAAAUGAUACAAUGCAAGAAUUUAUUACAAAUGAUUCGUAUUGGUUAAACAACACGCAAACAUUUAGUGCGUCCAAAGGUUUAACAAUGUUUUUAUCUGAAUCAUCCGUUCAUAUGUUUGAAGAAAAUUUUACCGAAAAUGUAGAUAGAAUGUGUAAUGAAUGA